AAAUGAAAGAAAAACUUAAGUCAACUAUUGUAUAGUUAAUAUGUAAUAGAAACGAUGAUUGAAAGUGAAACAGAUUUGCUUUGAUGCUUUGAAAAAAGAGGAUUUGGAAAUGGUUUUGAUUUAUACAAAGUUGAGUUGAAUAUAUGGAAUAAAUGCAUUUCCAUUGUUCCAUUUCCGCGGAGACAAAGAUAGAGCGCGGCGAGUGCAGAAUAUAGGAUAGUGUGAGACAAAGGAUGAACGCGGCGCGACUAUAAAUAAAAAUACAAUUUCACCCGAGUGCGUUUACAGAGAAUAAUCAAAAUGCGGUGCGAAACGCAACAAAGUUAAAAAAAAACCCGAGGUGGGAGAGUGAACGAAAUUUGUGCAUUCAUCGACUAGGGAUAAAUAGGCGUAUGCGAAACGUAGCAGAUGUUGUUGUUGUUGCUGUUGUUGAUGUUGUUGUUUCGGCGCUGCAGAGCGGUGCUGUUAUCAGAGCGGACCGUGAUUGGUGCAAAAGAAAACUCCUCCACGGUGCACGAAGAGCCAUCGAGGAAGAAGUGAAACGAAGUGCGGCGAAACGCGAUUGCCAGGAUCACAUCAUCGCUUGAACUCUUAUCAAUUAUCAUGCAAUUAAUCUCUGGCUGGUAUCUCUUCUCGCCGAGACACAUUUCUAAAUCGUUAGUGGCAUUUAGUUAGUGGUCGCAAGUGGGAGCCUCACUCACUCCUGUUCACAACAUGAAACAGACUUCGUAGUAGUUCUGAAUGCAACUUCUAAUCGCCGCUUCCACAUUAGUAUUAUUUUUUGUUAAAGAACAAGUAGAAUAACAUUCUUCAAUUCGGCUGAAGAUCUAAAGAGACGAUCCAACAGCAAGAUUCCAUCCGAGCGGGAAGUCGAAUAAAGGAAGGAAACGAAAAAGAGAGAGAAUACAAAAAAAAAUAUGACCGAAGUGUCGAAAUCAAAGCAGUCGCUGGAGAGCGGUGGCGGCGUGGGGCUGAAGAGAGAGCUGGGGCUCUUCUCGGCGAUAAACAUGAUCCUGGCCGUGAUGAUCGGCUCGGGUAUCUUCAUAUCCCCAGCGACGGCCCUCAAGCAUUCCGGAUCGGUGGGAAUGUGCAUAGUGGUGUGGACGGUUUGCGGAUUGAUCUCGCUUUUAGGUGCCUUGACUUUCGCGGAAUUGGGAACGGUCGUGCCCAGAUCCGGAGCGGAGUACGCUUAUUUCAUGGACUCGUUCGGACCCACGCACAAGUUCUGGGGUAAAUUACCAGCUUUCAUCGCCUCGUGGGUUUACGUCUUAGUCCUCAGACCAGCAGAAGUGGCGGUGAUCACGCUAACAUUCGCCGAAUACCUCUGCCAACCCAUUUUGGAUUUGCUGCAAGUCGACGUGGAUUCCAGUCAGAUCAAGACGUACGUCGCAAUCCUCGCAUUAGGGAUCAUCACUUAUAUCAACAUGAGCAGCGUCAAACUGUUCGUCAAGAUACAAAACAUCUUCGGCUCAUUCAAAGUCGUCGCCUGUCUGAUCGUCAUCUUCGGCGGUCUCUACGAGCUCGUCUACAUGGGAAACACAAAAUAUUUGAGCAAAGGUUUCGAAGGCACCAAGUUCGACAUGAAAAGCAUCGCGCUUGCCUUCUACAGCGGCCUCUGGGCUUACGACGGAUGGAACACAGUUACAACGGUUACAGAGGAAAUCAAAAAGCCCGAAGUUAAUAUUCUGAGGAGUAUCAUCAUCAGCGUGCCGAUCGUUACGAUCCUUUACGUUUUCAUGAACAUCUCGUACAUGACUGUAUUGGAUAUAGAUGAGAUGGUGAAAGCGCAAGCCGUCGCCGUCGUCUUCGGAGAGCGCGUUUUGGGCGUCUUCUCCUUCGUGAUUCCAAUUGGUGUAGCCUUGAGUACGUUCGGUUGCGCUCUCAGCAUCCAAUUCAGUGUGACACGUCUGUGUUACGUGGCCAGUCAGGAUGGACACAUGCUCGAAAACCUGUCGUACGUCCACGUGCGAAGGCUGACCCCAAGUCCGUCCGUGGCGAUGCAAGGUCUCAUCUCGUUGGGCUUCAUCCUUGUCGGCGACAUCGAACAACUCAUCGAAUUGGCCAGCUUCCUCAUCUGGAUCUUCUACGGCGUCGCCAUGUGCUCCCUGCUGACCCUCAGGAAAACGAAAAAGCACACGCCGAGACCGUACAGAGUUCCCACGUGGAUAGCAAUCUUCAUCAUCCUCGUGGCAAUCUUCCUGUCCGUCGUCCCGAUCGUCACGGAUCCCUCCCCGAAAUACCUAUUUGCGGUAGCCUUCAUUCUGUUAGGCGUUUUAGUCUACUACUGGUUCAUUUACAAGAAGAACAGGCCGGCAAUCAUGGACAAAAUUACUUAUUAUGUACAAGUCCUGUUCGAGGUCGUACCACCAGGAACUUCGCAUUCGGAGUAAAACAAUAUUGUUGAUUUUUUUUUGUAUAAAUGUUUGUAAUAUAAAUAAAAGAUGAAUUUAUACCUA